AGUUCAGGAGUCUCAGAUGCUGAAGGUGAACUUCACCCAGUGUCAGUCUGAAGCUGGUAAAAGAGAGACUCCUGUUGAUGAGAGACGGUCAUGUUUAGUGGGUGAACAAGAGGCUCCCAGUGAUAACAUGAGCGCAAUGAGACAUGAGCUUAAAGCUUCAGAUGGACAGCUAAAAAGUUUAAGCAAUUUCUUUCACUCUCAUAUCAAGUUGAAAGGAGAACCAAGUUAUGGUGACACUAUUUCUUUAGUUCAUGAUCAUCUGAAGACAAGAACAUUCUGCAGGUUAAUACGUCGGGAGUUUCAGUUAUGGGAUGUUGACAAAUUUGAGAUUAAGAAUGGUCAUUACAACAUUCUUCUCAGCUAUCAUGGUUACAUCAGCCAAAGGUUUGGUGGUAAUGUGGGUCCAACAUCACGCAUAGUCAUCUCAAAAAAGUUGAACGAUGCUAAGAUCAUGAAGGCCUUCCCGAACAUCGGUUCCCUAGUUGCAUUUGGUUUUGUGCUAGACUCUGAGGUCACCAAGGAAAUUUUUGAUUCAAGAUGUUUGGCGCAAGAAACACAAGUUAUACGUUCACAGCUAUGUAAUCUGCUAGACGUGGUUGAGGAAGUGCAGCUGGCUCGAUUUGAGAUUGUAAAUUUGAUCCAGACACGCUUUCAUACUCCAUCUGAUGAUCAGCUUGAUCUGCAGCUUUGUUUCCUUAAUUGUAAGAGUAGUAGAAAGGUCACGCUGUCUCUCGAUAUGACAUGUUUGAAGAGGGGGGUUUAUCCGUCAGAGAUCCUUCCAUAUCAGAUCCAGGCUUCUGAAUCUGCAGCACAAGUGUUACUCCCACAGUCCCUCUUAGCUGACAUAAGAGCUGCAGCUGAGGGUCUUGGAUCUGGAUCCGCAAGGAUAAUGAGGCUCUGUAAAUGUAUUUCCCAGGUGGUACAAUCUUCGUAGUUCAUACUUCAUACCCUGAGUUUUUCUAUUUUUCUGAUCUCUUUCGGUCGGUUUGGUCACCCGUGAUUUGCUAAGAUGGUGCCAAAGGUGGCACCAACAAAUUGUUGGACUUUUUGGAUUGCUUUCCCGGCCAUCCUUUUCUCUUUGGAUCGUGUGGUGAUCUACUUGCU